CUCCGUUUUCCCACUUCCUCCCGAACCCUUCUCACUUUCCAACUUUCACUAGUGCAAGUAGUUUUUUCCGGCGCCGCCAUAGUCGACGAUUAUUAUUUCAGAUAGUUGUUAAGGUUCAGCUUCACAUCUCCAUUUUCUUUCAAAUGGCGAUUGACAAAAUCUUCAAAGAUGAAGCCACUGAAGAAAAGGGCGAGCGCGCUAGGAUGGCGUCGUUUAUUGGAGCAAUGGCAAUUGCUGACUUGGUAAAGACAACCUUAGGACCUAAGGGGAUGGAUAAAAUUUUGCAAUCGACAGGCAGAGGACACAGUGUUACAGUUACCAAUGAUGGUGCAACAAUUUUGAAGUCCCUCCAUAUUGACAAUCCAGCUGCCAAGGUCCUCGUGGAUAUCUCCAAGGUACAGGAUGAUGAAGUUGGUGAUGGGACAACUUCAGUAGUCGUUUUGGCUGGAGAACUUUUGAGGGAGGCAGAAAAGUUGGUAAAUUCAAAAAUUCACCCGAUGACAAUUAUCUCAGGUUUCCGGAUGGCAUCUGAGUGUGCACGCAAUGUUCUGGAGCAGAAGGUUGUGGAUAACAAGCAGGAUGCAGAGAAGUUUAGAUCAGACUUAAUGAAUAUUGCAAGGACUACUUUGAGCUCAAAAAUCUUGUCUCAGGACAAGGAGCAUUUUGCGAAACUGGCUGUUGAUGCGGUUAUGAGGUUAAAGGGCAGUACCAAUCUUGAGGCAAUCCAGAUAAUUAAGAAACCUGGAGGUUCAUUGAAGGAUUCAUUUUUAGAUGAAGGGUUUAUUUUGGACAAAAAGAUUGGGGUUGGCCAACCAAAACGCAUUGAAAAUGCUAAGAUUUUGGUGGCAAAUACUGCUAUGGAUACAGAUAAAGUGAAGAUAUAUGGAGCACGUGUUCGAGUUGACUCAAUGACCAAGGUUGCUGAUCUAGAAGCAGCUGAAAAGGGAAAAAUGAGAGAGAAGGUGCAAAAGAUCAUCAGUCAUGGAAUAAAUUGCUUUGUUAACCGACAGCUUAUCUACAAUUUCCCAGAGGAACUAUUUGCUGAUGCAGGGAUACUUGCAAUAGAGCAUGCUGAUUUUGAUGGUAUUGAGCGGUUGGGUUUAGUUACUGGUGGAGAAAUUGCAUCAACCUUUGAUAAUCCAGAGUCUGUCAAGCUUGGCCACUGCAAACUUAUCGAGGAGAUUAUGAUUGGUGAAGAUAAGCUAAUCCACUUCUCUGGGGUUGAAAUGGGUCAGGCAUGUACAAUUGUUUUGAGAGGUGCAAGCCCUCAUGUACUGGAUGAAGCUGAAAGAUCUCUGCACGAU